GUUAUGAUAAAAAGGAAAAAGACAAGACAGAUUGCUUAAAAGCCCAAUUAUUGGUAAGGCCCAAGAUGUAUUGUGAAGAUACAAAUCUGAACGCACCAUUUGAUCCGAGGUGAAUUUCUCAAACGGCAGGUGUUCAAAAACAAUUUCGUAUUUCCAUUUUGUUUAAAAUAUGGCAGUUCGUCUUUUGCUUGGUUGGUCCUUCAUCGUUUUGUCCUUGCUUGUCAUCAAAAAUAAUUAAAACGAAAAUAUUGAUAUCUAAUAAUUCUCUAAUAUCUACAAUAAACCAAAUACUAUACAUUCAUAUAAAUAUUAAUUUUUUAUUAAAAAUGUCGUGUGUAGUGGAUAACAAUGCCUUUGAAGUGAUAAUAACACCGUCUCGUAAAAGAAAACGCGAUUCAGGACGCCUAGAAUUGCCUUCGAGUGACACACCCACAAAUACGACUCAUCACAAAGCAUCUGCAUUUUCAAAUGCUGCCUUUUCGUCAACUCCAAAGAAAGAAAUCCAAAGUAUCAUUCAGAAAUUUAACAGAUUUCCACCAAGCAAAAGACGUCCCUUGGGCAAAGAAAACGGCAGUCGUCUUGUGACAACGGAUGCUUGCUUGGAAGUAAAAUCAAUUGUUGAUUUAGUUAACCAAAAUGUAGUAGCCGAAGCUGGUAAUCCAUUUGAAGUGAUUCGAAAACCACCAAAGAAGAAAAAGAAGGCUGACUUAGAAGAAGCUUGUUUUAUAAAUACUGGAUUAAAUCUUGAUAUACCAGAAAAGCAAUUUAACCCAUUUGAGGUCAAGCGUGAGUCUCCAGCAAAAUUAGUUAGAGCAACUGAACCACAAUGCUUUGUUAAUCCCGCACUUAACAUUCGCACGCAAGAAACAACUGCAGCUAGAAAUCCUUUCGAAAUACAACGCAACAAUCCGAUUUUUGAAAAUACUUCAAAUGGAAUCGAAAAUCCGGGCUUGGACUUGGCGAAUGCACCAUUGCGGAUUGGAAUUCCAUUCAAGCCGACUACUGCUUGUCGUAUUGACUUCAAAAAUCUAACACCUUCAAAAAUGUUGGCAGAAAAACUUGUGUUUUCUCCUAUGAAUCCAAAAACGCCUAGAGUCUUGGCCGAUAUCAGUGAAGAAGAUACCACAAUGGACAUUGGAAAAGAGCUCGACCUUUAUCAAUUGGAGCUAGAAAAUAGUAUAAACGAAGCAAAACAAAGAAAAACGAUAAAAUCUGAUGGCCGGACUUUCAGUGAAAAACUAGAAGACAUUGAGGAAAACUCACAAGAAGAACAGGAAGAAUCUGAGUCCCAAGAACCUAAGACGCCAGAAGUACCUAAUGUUAAAUUAAUUAUAGAAAAUAACCAGGGUACAUUGAGACUUGAAGACGUAGACACACCGCCAAUUCAAAAGACUUCCGAUCAGGAGAUGACCACAUUGGCUGUAAACAAAACUUAUGUCAAGGAUCCGGUAUUAAAUGAAUCAUUUACCGAUGAUGAAGGUAUCGACUAUGACGAUACCGAAGAUGAUGAUGUUGCUGUGGAUUUUAAAGCUCCAGCACCGUUUGUGCGUGCUUACCGCAGACCGGAUCCAAUUCCUCCAUCACCACUGAGCAUCGAAAAUAACAUUGAUACUUUUAAGAAAGAAUCAAAGGAUGCCAUCGCCGCUGGAGCUGAAACCAAAUCAACAAUGAAAAGCAUUCGUAACAGUAUCAGGAAGCUGAUUCAUUCUAACAAAGGUUCUAGUGAAGAUAAAAUGGAGAAGAAACCGCUUACUUCCUCAGAGUGUCAUUCACCGGGUAAUCAUUUUAUGGAAACAAUAAGGCAUAGCCUACGUCGAAAACCACAAAAAGAAGCCAGUGAUACGCCAUUUACUGAACCUUCUGCUCGUGAAGUAUCAAUCAUUGAUACAAGCGAAAGAAAAAUGAAAUUCAAAUCGAAUAUAAACCAAAGAGAUUAUAUUAAAAUGGAAGAUCUGACAUCGGAGAGGAAGACUUCUUUGCGGAGUAGCCUGAGAAAAUCUACUCGAGAUGUUAAAAACCAAAUUAUGAAGUCAGUUUUCCAUAAAAACAUCGAAGAGUAUAAUUUUUCUAAAUGAUUUAAAAAAAGUUAUUAUCUCUUGCACCAGUAUUAUAAUAUUUUGUUUGAUUCACUUUUUUUAUUAUUAUUAAUUUAUUCAAGUAUAGUUUAUUUUUUUAAGAAAAUAUUUAACACGUUUUGUCCAUUUUUUUAUUAUCUAAUAAAAAUAUAAAAUCAUUAA